CGGUAGAAAUAAUUUAACUGUAAGGUGGUUUUGCAACAAUGUGUAUGAAGUUACGAGAAAAAUGGUGGAACGGAUACACUGAAAAAUCAAAGACAAUGGAACCAGAUCCCCGAGCCCCCGAACGAGGACACGCAUCAACACACGCGCAUACGGAGGUUCUCUGGCGGAGAAAGUCACACUCGGGCUAAAGUUCGGUACGGACGCGAGCCAGCGGUAAGUAAGUACACAAGCGGAUUCAGUCGUGCGCCGAGCGUUCGGCGUUGGCGUUCAUCGUUUGAUAUCAAAAAAAGUACCCCACCGUGAAUACAAUAUCGGUACGCGCGUGCGGUGUGUUUUUUUGUCACUGGGAGUUUUGGCCCACAGCAAAGUCAGCGACGAACCGAUUCCAGUGCUCUGUGAUUGUACGUGAUUGCUAGGGGGGAAAAAAACGCUAUAGAAUAAAAUCACAUCGUUAUCAUCAUCUUCGGGUACAAGAGCUCUUUGCCGCUUCGGACUAUAUGUGCAUGCUCUCGCGUCAUUUUUCCUUUCACCGGUGUACUCGCGCAUAUACAUGUACACAGGGUCAAUGAAACGUGCCGGACUUGUUUAAUUAAUUAAUGGAGCAAUUGAUACACACAAUUUUUUUGUAUACUGCUUACGAUCGAGUUCAUUAAUUUCGAGGUGAAAGAGUAAAUAAAAAAAAAUAAUAAUAAUUAUGUCGCUCGAAAUCGUGUUGUGGGCUCUGGUGAUUCUGGUCAUUUUGUGGGCACUACUGGAUCCGGUGUAUCGAGUUGCCAAUGCCGCGUGGGAAGUGCUGCUGCCGAUUCUCAACUCGGCACCCGUGGACCUUAAGAGUCGGUUCGGCGAGUGGGCUGUGGUAACAGGAUCCACUGAUGGAAUUGGAAAAGCAUAUGCCAAAGAGUUGGCAGCAAGAGGCGUAAAUUUGAUUCUCAUCAGCCGGACUCUGGAGAAGUUGGAAAAAACGAAAAAUGAAAUAGUAGAAUUGUAUCCAAAAAUUGAAGUAAAAAUUGUGGCUGCGGAUUUUAGCAAGGGAAGAGAAAUUUUUGAUGAAAUUCGAACUGAAUUGGAAAACUGCUCUAUUGGUAUACUAGUGAACAACGUGGGAAAGCAGUACGAGUACCCAAUGUACUUGGGCGAGGUACCGGAGGCCGAGCUCUGGGACAUAAUAAACGUGAACGUCGGCGCGACGACCCUCAUGACGCGUCUUGUGAUCGACGGGAUGAAGCAGCGCGGCCGCGGCGCCGUCGUCAACAUAUCCUCGGGAUCGGAGCUCCAGCCCCUCCCGCUGAUGACGGUCUACGCGGCAACGAAGGUUUACGUGCGCAGCUUCUCCGAGGCCUUGAGAGCCGAGUACGCCAAGUUCGGCCUGACCAUACAACACCUCGCGCCCCUCUUUGUCAACACGAAAAUGAACGCCUUCAGCCAAAGGUUGCAGGUAUCGAGUUUGUUCGUACCUGACGCCACGAAGUACGCAAAGAACGCGAUAGCUACUCUGGGCAAGGUGAACUCCAGUGCCGGAUACUGGGCCCACGGGGUGCAGACCCUUUUUACCCUGAUCGCCCCGGUCUGGGUGAGGAUGAAAAUCGGUCAGCUCAUGAAUCAGGUGUUUCGCGACGAUUACUUCAAACACAAGAAAACGUGAAAUGUACCCGCAACACCUAUAUUGUCCGAAUUUCUACGCGUAACUGUUGUUCGUUGAGUGAAUUACAUUUUGUACUUGAUUUCCGAAUUUUUCAAACUAAGCACGCGCUCGAUGGAACGUUUGUCAUCGAUUAUUUGAGAAAAAUCUAUUUUGUAAGUGCACUUGCUCUGGGAGGGAAGGAGAGUAAGAAAAUGUCGCAAAGUGCAUCUCGUGUAUUUUCAUCCAAAUAGGAUAUACAGGCCAAAAGGGAACAGUCAUAUACAACAUGUGCGAGAGUUUUUUUACAAUAUGUAAAUUAGUUUUAUCCAUUCUCUUGCGCAAGGUGGUCAAAAUCAGGUGGUGAAUUAAUAUUACAUAAGUACAUUCUAUAUGAGACUCUUUGAUGUAUAUUUUAUAAAAUGUUGAUACGGUGAGAUUUUUUUUAAAUUUUUUUCGUACAGAUAAUAUUAACCAAGCCUCUACGUGUAUGGUAAUGAAAGUAAAAAAAUAAAAAAAAUAAAAUAAUAAUGAUAA